AUGAGCGUCUCGAAUUGUUCAUUUCCGCGCCAGGGCGACACGGAGCCCGCCCCUGUUGCAGACUCGGGCUCUGAAACCGACACGGACUCCGAUACAUCUCCAGAUGAUGAUGUGGACUCGAAGUGGGCGCUGGCAGGUGAAGUGCGAGAAAAGCUUGGCCUCGUGAUCCCGGACAUCGACCACAUCGAGGAGACAGUGGAUAAAUCUGAGGCAAGUCGCCUCUACAAGGAAGUACGGGGAAAGGACCUUUACAAACGAUGGCUCGAAUCAUCGAACUCAGAGAAGUUGCUGGUCUACUACCAAACCGGAAAAACAGACGUCCUCGGCGGCGUUUCGCCGCUUUCUGAUCUCUGCCUGGGAGCGAGUCACGACUUCCUCAACCACCAUGACAAAACAAUGGUCCUCUUGUGGUGCUCCAGUCAGUUCUGUGGCGAGCCCCAAGAGGGAUACAAGAGUUGCCACAAAAGGCCCAAUACGAUGAUGGGGUCUCUGGCAACCCAGCUCAUCACAGCAUGCCGAAAAGAGGAUCUUCCCAUGGAAGGCCUGGAGAAGUACAAUGAUUUCGCUGUCACCCGAAAUAUAACGAACCGUUUGGAGCUCUUCAAGAUGCUGGUGCGGCAGAUACCAUACGAUUACAAGCUGGCAUGCGUUAUUGAUGACGUCUGCUACUUUGACCAGCCUGGGCUUCGGGAUGGCGCAUGUCAAGUCUUUGAGUUCUUGCUUUCGCUGGACAAGGACAAGGAUGUGAAGGCCAAGGUCAGCAUGUUCUUCACAAGUACAGUUAAGCCAAAGCUUGUGUAUGAUUACUUCCAAGGGCCGGACCGUACUAUUAUCUACAAUGACAGCUAA